CGCCCAUAUCGAUAUACACAGCAUUUGUCAUCUGUGCAAACAACGUUCAACACAACAAAAAUAUUCAGCGGCAGCAACAGUUCAAUUAACAAGCAUUAAAAAAACGAAACGUCCGCUUCAGCUGCAAAAAGUUAGCGAACCACACAUCAACAUCACUAUUCACGCACACACACACAUACACACACAAAAGUAUCUUAAAGAUGUCUUCACGCAAAACCGCCGGUCGUCGUGCCACAACCAAGAAACGCGCCCAACGUGCCACCUCCAAUGUGUUCGCGAUGUUCGAUCAGGCGCAGAUCGCCGAGUUUAAGGAGGCUUUCAACAUGAUCGAUCAGAAUCGUGAUGGUUUCGUUGAGAAGGAGGAUCUGCAUGAUAUGCUCGCCUCGUUGGGUAAAAAUCCCACUGAUGAUUAUCUGGAUGGCAUGAUGAAUGAGGCGCCGGGACCAAUUAAUUUCACCAUGUUCCUAACGCUCUUCGGUGAGCGUCUCCAGGGCACCGAUCCCGAGGAUGUCAUCAAGAAUGCCUUUGGAUGUUUCGAUGAGGAGAAUAUGGGCGUACUGCCCGAGGAUAGACUCCGGGAGCUACUCACCACAAUGGGAGAUCGGUUCACAGAUGAAGAUGUGGAUGAGAUGUACCGUGAGGCGCCCAUCAAGAACGGUCUAUUUGAUUAUCUGGAAUUCACACGCAUUCUCAAGCACGGUGCCAAGGACAAGGAUGAGCAAUGAGCAAUGAGAAAGGCAGCUAAACACUUUUUAUAAUUGCUGAUAAUUCCGGCAACCGGUUGCGCUAUUUUCCCACUUCCAGCUGCCGGCAACUGUCCAUAUACGAAUCGCGUAUUUUUUUAUAUAAUAUUAUUAAUAUUAUUAUUCCUCUUAUAACCUAAUUUUUUUUGUGACGUUCCGUUUUAAUUUUUCCCAUCAAAACGCAUUUCGAUUUCUACAAUUAAUUAUGUGUGUGUGAACUGAUAACAACAAUGAUUUUUUCCGAUUUUCAUAAGUAUUAACUCAUAUUAUUGUAUACAUUACCCAAAUACAAAUACAUGCCCACUGUACUUCAA